AUGGUCUCUCGGGCUGGUUAUGCCAUCGAAGAUACUACGGCAGAAACUGAAGCAAACCAGGCGGAGAGGCAGACCAUUACUUUAAUUUCUAACCCAGUAGCCCUUCUAGUACGAGAGAGUGCCAGCGUUUGCUUUUCUGAGAAAGCUAACCUGGGACUUUUCGACGGCAUCUCGGUUCUUACCAAUUCUAAUCCCCCGGCUGCGUUCCGCAGCGGCUUCGGCAGGGCUGACGAAGCCGACGCCCGUGAAAUCGACCUGCACGGUCAAUGCUACGAUAAUAGCGGAGAUCCUGAAAUACGGGUCACGGCUAUGCUGGAGCUGGGAUCCCCGCUGGAGAUGAUUCAGCUUCUGCAGACCCCCUGGGAGGAGAGAUUUAAAAUUUGCCUGAGUCUUGUGAAACUGCUGUUUUACUUGGCACAUUCCCCUCUGGGUUCAAUAGUCCUCUUGGAUUUCCAGCCGAGGCAGUUUGUUAUGGUGGAUGGAAACCUAAAAGUGACAGACAUGGAUGAUGCCAGCACUGAGGAACUGUCAUGCAAGGAAGAUAAAGACUGCACGCUCGAAUUCCCUACAAAAAGCUUCCCUCUCAAAUGCUCUGCGGCUGGGAAAUGUGAAGGAAUAAAUGAAAAGAAGAAUCUUUUCAAUGCAUAUCGGUAUUUUUUCACCUAUCUUUUGCCACACUCUGCACCACCAGCUUUGCGGCCCUUUUUGGGCGAUAUUCUGAAUGCAACAGGUGAUUUACGAUAUGGAAUAAAUGAAACCCUGAAAGCUUUUGAAAAGGUUUUACAUCUGUACAAGUCUGGGCUCUAUCUGCAGAAAAGACCUCUUCUCUUAAAAGACUACAUCUCCCUAAAGGGCUUCCGAACGGUGGAAGGCGAAGACUACAAGUGCUGGCCCUCCUACAGCCACUUGGGAUGCCUGCUCUCUGUGCACGGCGCCGAGGAAGCCGCCGCAAUUUGUAACUCCCAAUCGCAGUGUCAGAGUUUUAUCGUCACGCAGCGGAGGACGUGGACAGGACGCCCCCUCGCCUCGUUUCAGAGUAGCCUGACUGAUUUAAUACCAGAUGCUAACGCUGUAGUCUAUAUUAAACGAUCGACUUCCUCAGGGGAAAGACUUUAA